CACGAUACAAGCUUUCGCCGUACAAACAAGAAUACGAACAGCGUGCACGAGAUCGUGCUCGCCGUGAACAACAGCUAGAAGAGGAGGAAGAGCGAAAACAUAAAGGUCUAAAACCUAAACCAGCUGACAAUGUUUUGGAUGAAGAGGGACCUCAUGAUUUGCUUAACUCGAAUAGAACCCAGUUGGUUCAAAGCACUAAUCAAAGAGCACUAGACCGAACUAUGAAAGUAGAGCAUAGUACAUUGGAUCAAGUGCAAAAACGAUUGGCUCGUUUAAAAAAAAAACAGAAAGAAGAGAAACCACAAGAAUAUGAUUUCGAAGCGCGUGUCGAACAGAUGCAUCAGCAAGAAGGAGAGGAGAAACAGAAAAAGGUUGAAAAUAAUACAGCUGCAGACAAUGAGGGUAAUGAGGGUGAAGGAUUGGAUCCGGAGAUGGCAAAGUUGAUGGGGG